GUAGCAAGUGAAAUUCGUCUCCGGUUUUCCAUCACGAUUACGAUCAGAAACCCCCCAAACGGAGAAGGAAGAAACACAGAGCACGACCGAUCAACAAUGCGUUGGCAGAAAUUGACCUUCGACAUCAAAGCCGAAAUUCUCUCCAGACUCCCCGCCAAAUCCCUGGUCCGCUCCAGGUGCGUGUGCAAACCCUGGCUCUCUCUCUUGUCAAGCCCUAGUUUCAUCCGCAGGCACCUCAAUCGCACCACUCUUAACCCUAGUUUCGACGACGACGAUGAAAGCUUCAUCGUCCUCACCCGCCCCGGAAAGGGCCUCAAUGAAUAUCUCUCUCUGUUGCAAAUGAAAAACCCCACCGUCACCCUCAAUCUGGACCACCCGUACCCUCUUGUUUGGUUCGUGGACGUUGUGGGUUCGAUCAAUGGUUUGGUUUGUGUCGGCUGCCAUCGGGCCCGGUUUUUCGCGCUGUGGAAUCCCGUUACUAAACAGUGCAAGAAACUCCCCCAUCCCGAUUUAAACGCACAUGUAGAUGACCUAUUCGUAUCAGUGGGGUUUUGUUACGACGCCUUGAAGAACGAUUACAAGAUUGUUAGGAUUGUGUCGUCGGAGCAACUGAAUCCUCAGACUCGGGUCGAGCUCUACGCGACGAGUUCGAAUUCCUGGAGAGAGAUUGUAGUUGAGGACCUUCCCUUCCGUUUGAGGGGCAUCAAGUGUGACACGAUCGUGAAGGGAGAGCCGUAUUGGAGGGCCGAUCUCGGCGGUGUAGACCUGACGAUCGUGUGGUUUGAUGCGGGCAACGAGGUGUUCCGGCACGUGCCAAUGUUUGGUUUGCCUCUGCCUGACUCUGCUGUUUAUCUGGUUAGUUUCAAGGAUUCAUUGGCAUUGGCUGUAAGUCGCCCGUCAAUUUCCCCCGGUGGGGCGGUGAUCAUUGACGUGUGGAUGGUGGAAGAGGACGGCUUCGCCUGGAGCAAGAAGUACACUGCUGGGCCCUUUGAAGAUGUGUGGAGGGUAGAGGAAUGUUCAAGGAAUGGUUUAUUCCUGGAAAUGAGAGUUAAUAUGAACUUCUAUUGUUCCCAAACCAAAGAAACUAAGAAUAUCUUGAGCGAUGGAGGUAUGGAACUCCGGUACGCCCAAGUUUGCAACUACACAGCGAGCUUGGUUUCAAUCAGGGGAUACAAAAAAGUUAUAAGAGAAGAUUUUGGCUGGUGGAAGAAGUCGUAGCUGUCUAGCUGAUGCUCUACAUUUAGGUGAUCCGGUCGUAUGGAGUUGCCAACUGUUCUUCGUUUAUGCUUUGCUAGAUUCGUAUGUUUUGCUCAACUUUGUCACCAAGAUCCCUUUAAAACUUGUUUUGUCGUGCGCAUCUGUAGCUGCUAGGAUUGAACUAUUUUAUGUUUGUGCGAGCAGUAAACCCCAUCUUGGUUGGAGUUCAUGUAAUAUUUUGUUGAAGAUGGAUUAUAUUAAUAGUAGUACUGAUAUGUAUAAAUCAUAAA